AGAGUCAUAUACAUUACACAUCAUCGUGAAUACACAAGAAUUUGAAGUAUCCAAGAUGGUGAUCACUUUAUAAAAUAUUUGAAAGCAUAAUAUAUUUUUACUAAAAGAGAAAUAUUAUAAAGUAGAACAAAGCAUGCCGAAAGUACGACGAAGCAAAAAACCGCCUCCGGAUGGCUGGGAGCUGAUCGAACCAACUCUGGAAGAAUUGGAGCAAAAGAUGCGCGAAGCCGAAACGGAGCCUCACGAAGGCAAAAGAAAACAAGAAUCUUUAUGGCCGAUAUUUAAAAUCCACCAUCAGAAGUCUCGUUAUAUAUACGAUUUAUUUUAUAGAAGAAAAGCAAUAAGUCGCGAAUUGUACGAUUAUUGUUUAAAUGAAAAUAUCGCCGAUAAAAACUUAAUUGCCAAGUGGAAAAAGGUCGGAUAUGAAAAUUUAUGUUGCUUACGAUGCAUUCAAACAAGAGACACGAAUUUUGGCACAAACUGCAUUUGCAGAGUGCCAAAGGGUAAACUGGAAGAAGGCCGAAUAGUAGAAUGUAUACAUUGCGGUUGCAGAGGAUGUUCAGGUUGAAUGUUUCCUGUGCGUAAGGCACUUUCCGUUUAUUUACAGAAUUACAUUGCGUCUUGUGUAAUAAAAAUAACUCUUGUAUCUCAUUUAACCAUUAAACUCCAUUUUUUGUACUCGGUAAAACGGGCGGCAAAGAACAGCGGCGUUUGCACACGCCAAUCAUAUGUGACACAUUUAUUUUCAGAUUCGAUAUUCACUCGCAAUAUGUGAGCAUUUUUUCGAAAAGCUGAGAUCAUAAUGUUCGUACCAAAACACAUUCUUGGCAGGCGCAUCAAUUUCUCGUUACCAUCCAUGAAGAUCUUUCCACAAGAUGUGAUCAUCAAUGAUGCUGUUCUUUUUAAAGUGUCGUGACUGUCUCGUGGAUUGUAAACCAAUGCGAUACCUUCGUCAUUAUCUCCUUCGGGCGAAACUUCUAAGAACUGUAUAAUAGAUAUUAUAGGUAAAUUACACAACAAAACCGAAAAAUAUAAAUAAUAAAAAUCUGUUGCAUGCAAUCACCUUGAACUCGAUUAUGUGAUUCGCAUCAAACUGAGGACCAUGUGAGAACAAUGUGCUUAUAGUGUCUGUGAGUUUUGCAGCCGUUUUACCAUUAUUAGUGAUCAUAUAAUGUUUAUUAUCAAGUUCCCAGCCUGCAAUUGUAAAUGAUUUUUACAUUAUUAUAUUAAUAAAACACGAAACAAUUCUCGAAGUUA